GUGAUAAUAUAAUGGGGAAAAUACUGAGAGGACUUUUUCUCUGUUAUUCUGUUUGGAAUUUAUUUUAUGUGACUGACAUGGUGAAUUUUUUUUAAGUGGAUCCUGCCGUGAUCUAACAUUUCGGAUUUUUCCUUUUGCAGACUGAAAUUUGAAAGUGCCAAAAAUCUACAAUUUACCAGACAAAAACACAAUGGCUGAAUUAAGACCAGCAAAAUGAGUACCCCAGCGACUGAAACAAUGCGUUCAAUGGACAAUAUCAAUCCGGGAGAUCCCGCACAAGGACGGGAAAAUAACGUUGUCGUAAUGCGAGAAAUGGAUGUGGAUAGACGACAAACUUUGCGGGACAUGAGAUAUGGGACGCAGUCGAUGUAUGUGUCAGAACACCUGACAGGAACUGUGUUUAUUAGGGUUGCGGUGCAGGACUUGAAAGUUCAGAAGUGUCUACAGUUUGAGCUGGAAGAGUCCGUAUGGGAGGCCAAACAGAGGAUCCUGGCUGUCUUUGCUAAGGACCUGAAGGAUGCCUUAAACUAUGGGCUUUACAUGCCACCUAUGAACGGACGUGCGGGCAAGUUUCUGGAUGAGGAACGAUUGUUAAGGGAAUACCCCCUGCAUGGACCCAUAGGCUUUGUGGAGUUCAAGUAUAAGAGACGUGUGUACAAGUUGAUGCAUAUCAAUGCGCGAAAGCUGCGGCAACUUCACACGAAGGGCGUGUUCAGGCAAUGUAUGGACCACAUAAAACAGGGCAAUAUUUCCAAGGUCAACAAAAUGACGACCAAAGGCCUGGACCCAAACUUCCAUGAUUCUAACGGAGAGACCCCACUGUCUGUAGCAACAGGCCUGGGUAAGGACAAAUGUCGGGAAAUGAUCAUUGCACUAUUCAGUGGAGGAGCACACCUUGACUUCCGCACCCGCCAGGGCCAGACACCGAUCCAUAAGGCCGUCCUGAACGGCAACCAGACCUCUGUUCAGGCGUUACUGGACCUGGGAGCUUCUACCAAUUACAAGGAUGGUAAAGGGCUGACACCACUCUACUACAGUGUGCUGUAUGGGAAGAAUGCAAAUUGUGCUGAGAUUUUGUUACACGAGAGGGCGCUCAUCGGCUGUCGAGAUGAAAACGGAUGGUGCGAGGUACACCAGGCAUGUAAGCUUGGACUGGUCCAACAUUUAGAGCAUUUAAUGUUUUAUGGAGCUGACCUCGACGUCACUAAUGCCAGCGGGAACACCCCUCUGCACAUUUGUGCCGUUAACAACAACGAGCAAUGUGCGCGUAUUCUACUUUUCCGAGGAGCGAAUAAGAACAUCUCUAACUACAAUAAUCAGACGCCACAGCAGGUUGCGGUUGUAGCUGGAAAUAUCUCUCUUGCUGAAAUUAUAAAGAAUUUUGAUGAAGCUGAUGCUGUGCCAUUCCGGGAGAUGCCAACAUACAGCAAGCGACGUCCUCGCCUGUCUAUGUACGACAGCACGCUUUCUCUCAUUUCCCGCAGUCGUAGCGACCCUAAACUCAACAUCUCAAGUGCUGUCAACGAGAGUCAUGUCAUAUCGCCUCCGGAGUCCAUGAGAAGUCUACCGCAGCAUUAUAAUGUGUACUCUGAUUCUGGGUCGUAUUCGGCCUCCCGUGGGUCCGACUCCCCUCGUUCAAUGAGUAUUUCCAGUAACAGCUCGGGACCAGGCUCAACUGGAACAAUAACGGGCCCUAGCCCGCUUACCCUGACGCAAUACUCACAACUGCAUAAUGCGGGCAACCAGUCGGGCUCAGGGACUCUGAAAGCUCAGCAGCCCUUGGAAAACCCAUACGCCAUACAAAAGCUGAAAGUUUCAAGUGUCGACCCUGACGAUGAUCUGGUCUGUGGUAAACAUGCAACAGAAAUAGAUGAUAGCUCAGACCCACAUUUCCAUUUAAUAUUACAAAAAAGGCUGCUUGAAUUAAAAACAAGGCAAGAUCAUGAUGUCAAAACAGCUCCUUUGUCUGAAAGUGACAAAAUGGCUAAUAAAUAUACUUGCGCUACACAGAAAGUGAAAUAUGAUAAAAAUAAAAACAAUCCAUUUUUUACUCUCCAAGCAAGACGGAAAAUCAGUGAAGGUAGUAACAGUGUUAGGGUAACGAGGCCGGAGAGACGUAAAUACAGCGAAGGGAGUUACCGUGAUAACUUCUCACACUUUAUGAACAGCGACUCUGUUCCAGAAGAAGGCGGGGAUGAAAAUAGUGAUGACCGAUAUGAAUUUCCAGAGUUAGAGGAAGCUGAGAGGCGUAGGGUGAGCUUCCUUAAAGCUUCUUACUUCCAGAACCACAUGCAAGCUUCAAGCGAUAAUGAGCAGUCUGACUCCUCAAGAAGAUUGGUUAACAUGCAAAGUGGUAAUAUCUCAGAGAGCAUGCAAACGUUGGGUGAAAUAGAUGACAGGGAAGAUUUUAAUGAAUUAAAUUUUCAAGGCCAGAUUCUUCAUCUUAAAGACCAGGAUAGAAUGUUCGUCUGUGUGGAGUCCUAUGACCCUCAAGACCCCGUGGGGCUCAAAAUUAAAGUCGGGGAUGUUGUAACAGUAUCGAGUGUGACGGACACAGGUUUCUGGGAAGGAAGUGUGAACGAUCGUGAAGGCUGGUUUCCUGCACAUCAUGUACAGGAAGUGCGACUCAGAAACAAAGCGGGUUCCAUGAAUGACCUGCUGUCCGAUGAUUCUGUGGAUUUCUCCAUGCAUCACAACCGCAACACUCUGGCCCGUCUUAUGCCACCUGAUAUGAGUGACUAUGGUCCGCGUACAGUGGUGCUUCAACGGGCCCCAGAGGGCUAUGGCUUUGUGCUUCGUGGUGCUAAAUCCCAGUUGAAGCCGAAUGGAGAGCUAGAUUUCCGGCCGACUGCAGAGUUCCCGGCGUUGCAGUACCUGGAUAGUGUUGAUCCCGGGAGCGUGUCUGACCGCGCGGGUCUGCAUGGAGGGGAUUUCAUUCUUGAGAUCAAUGGGGAGAAUGUGAUCAAAGCCUCCCACGACCGCGUGGUGCACUUGAUAAGGUCGACAGGCGAUACACUCGCGAUGAAGGUUGUGACGGUUCAACCAAGUGGGGGGCGUGCAGACUGGUUUAAUGGGGACAAGUCUAUGACAAUGCCUCACAAAAUGAAGAAAAAAGCAGCUCCUGUGCCUCCACAGAGGGACCCGAGAACGUCUAUCUCCAUCAGCAAGUCCGAGGGACAGUCUAUCAGCGAUGAACUGUCUGCCAUGGCUUCAUUGGACUCAGCCAUUUCGGGGAAGCCGGAGGACAAAAUAGCUUCAAUCCGAAGUAGAACAGCUGCCAAACGAGUUUCGGUCAUUGAUGCUGAAAAUAUUGGAGUGGACGGAACCCUUGGGAGAGCUAAGAGUACGCCAGACCUAUUUGAAGGCAGCAAAAUCUAUGCAUCACCUACUGUUCCGGACAAUAAGAAAUCCAAUGUGUAUGCAGUGCCUGGUGUUAAUGCUUCAACCAGUGGCUCCCCCGUAGGUGUUGCCGUACGCCCCAAGGCAUCUCCACCACCACCACCAGGAGAGGACAACUCUCCCAAGAAAAAGGCGCCCAAGCCGCCUGCUAACACUUCAUUUGAAUCUUCCUCUUCAACAGAGGUUGUGACCAUAAACACUAACAAAAGUUCACCAUAUGCAAGUACAAAGGUGCUUGUUAAGUCAACCACGAAGUCUGAAUCACCCUACGAGUCAAGUUUCCGCCCGGGUGACUCAGCAAAAAUGAGCGAGGAGCCUAAAGACUUAACUGGCUACAAAGCUGGACAUAAGAGAACGCCAAGUGCAGGUGCUCUAUUAAACAGAGAGAACACUGAACAGAGCCAGGACACUAAUGGUGGUGUGACAUUCGCGGAAGAUAAAGUGUUAGACCAUGCUGCCAGUUUCCUUAAAAAGCAUCCUAAUGCUAAACUCUUAAUGACUGCUAAAGGACAGGAGAGUCUGCGUAAGCGUACUUCCAUAAAGAUGGAGCCUGCUCCAGAUUAUGAUAGUGACAGUGGAGAUGAAAAGCCCCAAUCUCCAGUAAAAUUCCGGGAUUAUAAACAGCGCCAGUCAGUCACUGUAAUAUCAGUAGGUGACAAAAAUCAAAAGCCGUCACCUACACAAUCUCAGGCAUCUAAGCGGUAUACAAUUCACUCCACAAUUCCGUCAGAUGACAAGGGAUUUUCUAUUCCUCCUCGGCCAAAUGGCCCCGCCCCCACACCCCCAUCACAGAACAGACAGGAUACACAGUCCCGGAAAUCUGCUGCUCCAACUCCCCCACAAGAUAAUAAGGUCACAGUAAAAGUGGAAGUGAACAGGGAGCCGGAGGAUAAUUUUUAUGCACCAAAACUGCCGGAUUCCCAACCGCCAUCCCUUCCAUCUACACCUCCUCCAGACUUCGAUGACAAGCCCUUCCUCCGGGAGAUUCCCAGGGCCCCUGCCCCACCUCCUGUGGCACCUGCUCCCCCACCGCCUCCUCCCCCUCCACCAGCCCCCUCUGCUGAGGAUAUCAACAAAGUCAAAUCCACUGCCAGUGCCGACCACAUAUCAUCCAAACCUGUCAGUCAGGAUGCCAUUGCUGCUGCAGUCGCAAAACGGCAGGAACGUCUUCAUAAUCAGGAACCUAAAAUAUUUGAUAACAAGCCGAAACCCGUGGUUCCUCAGAUGGAUCCAAACCAAGCAGCAAUCAUUGCUGCUGUUGCUAGGAGGCGGCAACAGCUCGAGAAGCAAGAUCAGCACUCAGUGAUGGAGUCCAUUGAAAGCAGGCUUCAGAAAACUAAGAAAUUACAGGCUGCCAAAUUUUCUCUGACCGGUUCAAAAGUUGCUAAGACUGACAAUAAAAACAAUGAAUCGGCAAACAAGUCUAAUGUGCAAUCCAAUGUGAAGGGUUUGGGGUCAGUUAAGAAGCCUGAGCCAGCUAAGGCUGAAAAGGAAGAGUUUUCAUUUAAGGUUGAGCCCAUUAAGGAGCUGCCUAAGAUUAUCAAGAACCAACCAGGGAUUACUCAGAUUAAGCCAAACUUUGGUCAACGGCCAGUGAAAAGUGCAAGUGAAACAAAGCAAGCCAAUGGUAUUGGAGUUAACAAACCUAAACCAAUUGAAAAUGUUAUAGUGAAACCAGCGCCUGCCACAAAUAAAGACAAACUUAGUGAAGUGAAAAACGAAACUGACAAUGAACAAACAAAAUCUGAGAAGAAUGUGAAUGGACAGUCAGAUUUCUUGGCUCUUGCAGAGAAAAGACGCCAAGAAUGGCUUCAGAGAAAGCAAAAAUCUUCCGAAUCAAAAUCAUCGUCUGCUUCAGGAUCCCCAGAUAAAGAAAGGUUUCGUAACGGGGAGAAAAAGGGCGUCUCUCCACAAGUUUCGGCUAAGCCAAGUAAACCCUUAACAAAUGGUGAUGUGUACGCUAAUGUUCCACCACCCCCUGCUGCGUUCAGAGAUGGUGGGAACACAGACAAUAACAAUAUAGUUCAAUUGGAGAUUAUUCCACCUCCAAUGCACUUUUCGUCAGAACACGGGCAUGAGACAAGCUCUCAACAACACAGCCCCGCGUUUUCACCAGACACUGCCAGUCUUGUGUCUUCAUUAUCAACUUUAUCCUCACUCUCUGGUGAGGGACGGGGUAACGGUUACGAGGACGUCAUUGCUCCUCCCCCUCCUGGCUUCGACGAUGGUGAUACAUCAGUGAUUCCACCUCCUCCACAGUUUGACAGUUUAACUGACAAAAAAGCAGGAAAAUCUUUUGGUGAUAAGCCAGUAAGCGAUUGGUUAUGUAAUGAUGUUCUGGAUUGGUUGGAUAGUUUAAGUAUGAGCCAGUACAAAUCAAGCUUUCAGAGAAACUGUAUUGAUGGUAAAAAGUUGCUUGGAUUAUCAAGAAACCAUUACAUUGAUCUAGGAGUGACGCAGGUUGGACAUAGAAUGACCAUAGAAAGGUCAAUAAAGAAAGCAGAAAUUAAACAGAAGAAUUUGUCAAACAAUGUGAUAGCCUCAGAGCAUUUGUGAAUAACUUAUAUGGAAUAAGCAUUAUUUAAAUGGACUUUGUUUGUGCUUUGUGAAAGGUUUUGUACAUCAAAGCAGCAAUGUUUUAUGUCUAGUAAUUUCCUAAUGUAACAUUCAGAGUUCACUGAACAUAUUUCUGUAGUACACAAUAUUUCAAUAAUUAUUUACAUCUUGUAAACAGAAAUUGUAUAUUAGCUAAUAGCCACUACUAAUUUAUUAUUUAUCACUAGCCGAUCCGAGAUGAUGAUUUUUGUAUGAAAACAGAAUCGAAACUGUCAGAAAGUUAAUACCUUAUCAGUUCAUGAAAAUGCAUAAACCUGUCUUUCAUGUUUGUGAUUAUUCAUGUUGUGUAUAGAUUAUCAUGAGAACAUAUCAUUGAUCAUAUUUUCAGUCUUUAUUUAAUAUUUGGAAAUAUUAAUAGUAAUAUACAUUAAACUCGUACAUGGAGAGUUAUACCAAACAAUAAACAUUUAUUAUCAACAUUUAAAAUACAGACAAAACCUGUUGGCUUAAUAUCUUGUGGCUCAAUUUCCUCACUGGGUUGAACUAGAUGUAAAGGACCGAAAAUGUUUUACUUUUUGUAAGCAUUCUUGAUUGGCUUGUUAUUCGCAAGGUUCGAAGUAUUUUGGCUGGUCCCUUGGAUUACGAGCCAAAGGGUUUCGACUGUAGGGUUUAAAAUCAAAAUACCUUAAUUUUGUUAGUGUAUGAGUUUGAAAAAGAAUUAGAAAUUACUUCUGUUUUUUUCCUGGAGGCCUUAAAAUUGAUAGGACCAGUUUGAAUUCAUUCCAUUUAAAAUGUUGCUCUGCUUCUUAUGCGUAUAAAAACAAUUUUUUACACCAUCAGACAUUCCAUGAUGAAAUAUUAUUUAUCUACUCAUGUACAUAGAAAUUGUAUAUAAUAUACUAAUAAGAUAACAUAAUAUAAUUAUAUGUAAUUGACCAUUCAGAAUCAUUCAUACAUGUAUAAAGGGAAUAAAAAAGGACCAUGUUGAAACAGAUAUUGUUCAAUUUGCAUUUAUAUUAGUAUAUUGAUUAUAAUCAUAUGAUUUCAAACAUUUGUUAUCAUCAAUAAAUGUUUUUUCUUGCCAUUUUGUGAAUGUGGCCCGGACUAUUUAAAUCAAGAAAAUAGCAUGCUAAAUAUUGAAAAUUCAAUUUUUUUAAACAAUGAAUAUUCACAAUUUGCCCGUAAGAAGAAAUUUGCAAUAGUACAUUGUGAUAAUGAUGGAGGUGAUUUAAAUUUUUGAUAAUUGUCAGGUACCAUUUUGUGUAAAAAGUAUUAUAUUUGGCAUUGUAAAUUGGGCCCAAUUUCGGCCUCAUUUUAUUUGAGGGAAAGAAAAAAACACUGUUAAUUCCUAUCCCAUGCAUAAGGGUCCAAAAUCAAAGGAACCAUGAAACGAUUCAUGGUGAUCUUAUCAUUAGGAUGAAAGAACUGUAUAUAAUACUUACUGGUAAUAUAAGACUUUAAUUAGAAAUCUUUCUGAAUUAACUAUACUGAUGACUGUGCAAAUCUUUAUUUGCCAACAUAACUCUAUUUUAUAUUACAACAUCUGUUCAUUUCAAACAUAAUUCAAUGUAAAAGGGAAAUUAGAAAUUAUUAUUGAUUACAUUAUUUGUGGUAUUGAUAAUAAUGUCAAAAUUGUGAAUCUGCAGAAUCAAUUAUUCAAUGUCAAAAUUUUGAAUCAAUAUGUGUAUAAUCAUAUGAAAGCAUUACGAUGUUGUAAUAUUUUCACAGAUACAACAGCAGUUGAAUUAUCAUUUUAACAGUUUCAAUUUCCUGAAGAAAAUUACAGUCCAAAAUAUUCAUAAUGCAAUGAAUGCCUUGCAUUUAUCAAAUUUUAAUUUCUAUGAAAUCAGAAAGAGUGAUUUUUUCAUCAGAACUCAUAUUUAAAUAAUGGUAAACCCCAAAUACUAUUAUAUUGAAACAAAAUAUGUUUAAAAAGGGAACAACAUUAUUUCUGUAUAUAUAAAUGAAAUAAAAAUACAAGCAUUGCAUUUAAACAACUACAUAAGUUUGCUUUACUUUGAUCAAAGCAAGUGUUUGUAUUUUACAGUUUUAUUUUUACAAAUGCAUUUUUAAUUAAAUGAAAGAUAUUUUAACAACAGAGGGUAUCUCUCUAGCUGUAUGUGAUUUUACUUGGUCAAUUUGAUUAUGUCUUCUGUCAUUAAUAUUUGUAUGUACAGAAUUAUUUGAGACCACUGCGUUCAUUUUUAUUCAUCAAAAUUUAGAUAAAUUCGUUUGACUAUAAACCUGCAAGGGCUCAGAACAUGACUGGCAUUACUCCAUUUAAAUAUAGAAGGAUUUGUGUCCAUCAUGCACUCAGCCGUUAAGAUUGUGUCGUGAAUCAAUUUUAUCUUGCUGUUCAAAAAACAAUUUUAACUUUUCUUGCUGUUCAAAAAUAUUUUAAUUUUUCUUGCUGUUUAAAAACAAUUUUAUUUUUUCUUCCUGUUCAAAAACAGUUUAAAUUUUCUUGCUGUUCAAAAUUUUUCUCAGAUCUUGUUGCAUAUUUAUUACAAAAAUUGUUUACAAAUUUGCAGCAAGGAUAGUAUUUUCGUGGAACAUUUUGGGAACAAAAUAUGUGUUUGGCUCAAACCCCAAAGGUGAAACAAUUCCUCUCUUUUUCUCAAAUCAUUAUAACAGCAGUACCACAGGUAUACAUACUGUGAAUUACAACAUUCAAUUGCAAAGAAAUUUGAACAGUACAGUAAUUGGACUUUUAUGGAAAGUUUGAAACAUUAACUCAAGCCAGAUUAAAUUUUAAGUUUUUAGCAGUUUUUUAUCUUACAAAACUUUCCCAAGGCAGUGAAGCAUGGUCGUUAUGCAUAAUCAUUCCAGUGUAUUAUUAUAACAUAUCUCUGUUGACCAUAUAAUCUAUUGUUUCUUGUUAUAACUAAAUACUUUCUGUUGGGCUUGCCAAGAAAGACUUUAUUAAACUUACUGAAACAUA